CGAGAAGCGAAAUGACAUUUCCUCUUUAAAUAGCUAGAGCCAGGGCCCCAUCGAGAAAUGGCCGCGUCGGCAGAUUUAAGUAAGCCUUCCCCUACACCGAAUGGGAUUCCGUCUGCAGACUCAGCCAGCGAUGCCAUGGACCCCUUCCAUGCGUGCAGUAUUCUUAAGCAACUCAAAACCAUGUACGAUGAAGGACAGUUGACAGACAUUAUAGUGGAAGUGGAUCACGGGAAAACAUUUUCCUGUCAUAGAAACGUCCUUGCGGCGAUCAGCCCUUACUUCAGAUCCAUGUUCACUAGCGGCCUUACAGAAACUACUCAAAAAGAAGUUCGAAUAGUUGGUGUUGAAGCUGAAUCGAUGGAUUUAGUGUUGAACUAUGCCUACACCUCCAGAAUUAUGCUGACAGAGGCCAAUGUUCAAGCCUUGUUCACUGCAGCGAGCAUCUUCCAGAUCCCUUCCAUCCAAGACCAGUGUGCGAAGUAUAUGAUCAGUCAUUUGGACCCACAAAAUUCUAUUGGGGUCUUUAUCUUUGCUGAUCAUUAUGGACAUCAGGAACUUGGUGAUCGCUCUAAAGAAUACAUUCGUAAGAAGUUUCUGUGUGUCACCAAGGAACAAGAGUUUCUCCAGUUGACAAAAGACCAACUGAUAAGUAUACUAGACAGUGAUGACUUAAAUGUAGACCGCGAAGAGCAUGUUUAUGAGAGCAUUAUACGGUGGUUUGAACAUGAACAGAAUGAGAGAGAAGUGCACCUUCCUGAAAUUUUUGCCAAAUGCAUACGUUUUCCUCUAAUGGAAGAUACCUUUAUAGAGAAAAUUCCACCUCAGUUUGCACAGGCUAUCGCCAAAAGCUGUGUAGAAAAGGGACCAUCCAGCACCAAUGGCUGUGCACAGAGGCUUGGAAUGACUGCUUCUGAGAUGAUCAUCUGUUUUGAUGCUGCCCACAAACACUCAGGAAAGAAGCAAACAGUGCCUUGUCUAGAUAUAUUCACAGGAAGGGUGUUUAAACUAUGCAAACCACCAAAUGACCUGAGAGAAGUGGGGAUCCUUGUAUCACCAGAUAAUGACAUUUACAUUGCAGGAGGGUAUAGGCCAAGUAGCAGUGAGGUCUCUAUUGACCAUAAGGCAGAAAACGAUUUCUGGAUGUAUGACCAUUCCACCAACAGAUGGCUAUCCAAACCAUCCUUGCUUCGAGCCAGAAUAGGCUGCAAACUAGUGUACUGCUGUGGUAAAAUGUAUGCGAUUGGAGGUCGUGUUUAUGAGGGUGACGGGAGAAACUCGCUGAAAUCUGUGGAGUGCUACGACAGCAGAGAGAAUUGUUGGACAACUGUGUGUGCAAUGCCAGUUGCUAUGGAAUUCCAUAAUGCUGUGGAGUACAAAGAGAAGAUCUAUGUUUUACAGGGAGAAUUUUUCCUCUUCUAUGAGCCUCAAAAAGACUACUGGGGUUUUUUAACACCCAUGACUGUGCCUAGAAUCCAGGGCUUAGCAGCUGUAUACAAGGACUCUAUCUACUACAUAGCUGGAACCUGUGGAAAUCAUCAACGUAUGUUUACUGUAGAAGCCUACGAUAUUGAGCUAAAUAAAUGGACUCGUAAGAAAGACUUUCCAUGUGAUCAGUCUAUAAAUCCAUACCUUAAGCUGGUACUUUUCCAGAAUAAACUCCAUUUAUUUGUUCGAGCUACUCAAGUGACCGUUGAAGAACAUGUCUUCAGAACCAGCAGAAAAAAUUCGCUUUAUCAAUAUGAUGACAUUGCUGACCAAUGGAUGAAAGUCUAUGAGACCCCAGAUCGGCUCUGGGACCUUGGCCGGCAUUUUGAAUGUGCAGUUGCUAAACUCUAUCCUCAGUGUCUUCAGAAAGUACUUUAAUGAGUAGCAGGCCUUAGUGCAUCACUGGCAUCUCAUACUUAGGAACAUUGUCUUAGGAAGUGCUGUCAAUAAUUAAGAAAGAAAUGGGUGCUCUUUAAGAUUACAGUGUAGUAGAGAUUUGCUUUUAUCCUUGUGAGAUUUUCAUUUCAGUAAGGAAAAGGUAACAAAGUGCAAUUAUCAGCAUUUUUUUUUCCUGGCAUGAAAGUGAUCACAUCAUUUUUGACUUUUGUGGGAAACAGUAAUUUGAGAUACCAGAUGAAUUAUGACAACUAUGCACUCUUAUAAGAGUAGUUGGGGUAUUACUGAGUAGAGACAUCCAAACUAGUUUGACAUGACUUUUUAUUUUAAAUACGGGUAACAAUCUGAGGCAAUAUCACUAGGACUUUACUUUAGCUGUGAUCUCUCUAACACAGAGAAGCACUAAUUUAGAUCCUCAUUCAUAAUAUUUAUAUAUAUUUACAUAUAUAUAUUUUUGUGUACUGUUUUCAGAUGUCCUGAGAUUUAAAUGUGUUCUGUUAAUAGAGUAGAUGGAAAAACAAAUCAGUCUGAGAAAGUUUUUAGUCUGAUUGUUUCAUAUUUCCCAUGUAAUUUUAAGUUAAGCUGAAGUUUUAGAAUGGCAGUUUUCUGUCGAUAACUUUUUCAAGUGCUAACACUGUCUCAUUUUUAAAAAUCCCGAAAAGGGCUUGAAUUCACAGGUGGCUGGUGCUAGUAUAGCUAAUUCAUGUGUAUAGCUGGAUAGAUUCAAAUGGUCUGAGCCUACGAUUAUCUUUCAAAUUGGUAUGUUAGUUCCUUGGAUGUAGUGAUUUAGCUGUUGAACUCUUGUGAUUUCACAGGAUUCUCUACUUAAUGUGAUAGUAAGAUAUGGCCAACUAUUGGUCUAACUGGACUUAAUAUUAGAAUAGUAAGAACAUUAUACACAGUUUGCACUAACAUGGGCCAUGCCCGACUUCCCUUUCCAUCGUCUACCUGUCCAAUCAUUAUUGGUACAAUGAAAGGUAACUUAACUUCUCUUCUGCACAGAGCAUAAUGUGAAGUUUUACACCUACUUUGAUGGUCUGUUUUCCAGAAACAUAAAACUCCAACAGUGGUCUAAUUUAAUGGUUUGUGAGUUUGAUAUUCUAGUUAAAACCUCAUGGUUUUUUUUUUUUUUUUUUCAUUUUUGUACUAAACAGUGAUGAUUACUUUUAUGUUGAAAUACUUAUUCUAGCGGAAAGUGACUGAGAAGGAAAAGAGUGAUUGAAAAGUAAUAGAUGAAUUUCUAAGUCAAUUAGGGAUAUUAACCUGAAGGAUAAACCAAUUCAUUUGUGUAUCUAUAUAUUUGGAUCAGUAACUUAUUUUUUUUAUAAUGCCUAGAAUCAGUAAAGGAUUUAAGUAUAACCCAGAAUCUGUCCUCAAUCAGGACACUUUUCUUUUCUUAAAGAAAGCAUACUGGGGUGGUUUAUAUUAAGAAAAGAUCUUGCACAAACUGUAAUGUGAUACUGUGAAACAAAUUUGAAACAUUGCCUCUUUACAUCACAUACCUCAUUUUUCAGAAACUUUCCAAACUGUUUUACAUAGACCUCUACAAGUAGGAAAUGUUUUCUGAAGCAGAAGUUAAAGUGGACAGCAUUUCUAGAAUUAACAUUUUAAAAUCUAGUCUUAGAAUGCUUAGAUAUGUGAUUUCUUCUUACUGGCCUGGAUAGUAUGUCUUGUACUCUCUGUAUAAACUUUGUUAACCAAUAUUGUUACCUUGGCAAUUUUUCUUUAUCUUCUCCUGUUCUUUGUAUCUUCAUGUUGUUUGGGGUUAUUUGUGUGAGUUUCUGAAUCAUUCUUUAUAGUUUUACAUUGUUGAGGGGAGAAAAAAAAAACACAACCAAUUUUUGCAAGAGAUGUUCAUGUAAUUUAUUUUUGAAAGCUUUGUUGAAUAUCAGAUUUCCUGCCGCUUUUUGACAAUCUUCUGUAUUUAGAAAAAUGUAUUACUUGAAAACAUGACAUAGAACUUUGAGUUAGUAACGUACGUGUGCUGUAUGAUAUAUAAGAACAACAUGCUGUGGUUAAUUCUGCAGUUGAUUUAUUCUGUUGAUCUGCACAAUAGUUGAUCCCUUUGCUAUAACAAUUUAUAUUGAGGGUAUAACCUAAUUAUAGUGUGUUAAAGCCAAGGCUUAGGAUUUACUACAGGAGUAGAAUAUAUAUUGAAUUUUGUAUGAGGAUUUGGUUUACAUUCUUUAGCUGGGAUAUUUUGCCACUUUUUAAAUGGUUUCCGAAGAGGUCCUAGAAGAUUAAUAUUAGUAAUAUGUGUGAGUUUAUGAUUAGAUGUUUAAGGUCCAUUUUCAUAGUAUGACAAUAAUAUAAGUAAAAGGCACAAUGGGUACUGCAGAAUUAAAAUGUAGGUCUAACAUAUGCCAGUCCCACCUUAACUUUGUUUUUGCAUUUGAAGAAUGUAUGUAGCACUUUCCUAUAUGUUUUUACACAUUGAAAACUGGACGUGGUAUAAGUAUGUUAUAGGAAAGGAGAAAUUGUAUCCUUUUAUUUUCUAUCCUUGUUUUCUGUUUUCCCACAAAGUUGAUGCUCAAGUAUCAAGCUGAUUUCAUUGGUGCAUGAGAGAAAAAAAGUGGGUGUGAUCUGCAAGGAAAGAAAUUCCCUAUAGAAAACAGUUUAACAUGGCAUUCAUUGUUCAGUGCUCAGGUAUGUAGUAAGUACUGUAGUCCUAUGGGGGCAAAUGUGUAGAUAUUUUUAAACAUUUUGCCAUAAUUGCACAAUUUUUUGCAUUUUUACCUGAUGUCAUUGUUUCUUAUAAUAAAACCUUUCUGAUUGAAAACUUGCAGUGUUGUAAACUGACCUGU